AGCGUGUGCAGUGUGAGAGAACAGGAGUGGCGGUGCGGUCCGGGGGGCUGGUCAGCAGUGUGUGUGUGUGUGUGUGUGUGUGUGUCAUAGGUGUGUGUGUGCACGCUCUCAACGGAGGUGCAGAGGCAGGACUACUUAUGUCACCGAGCCACUGUUAUUAUGAGCCCACCGAUGACACCAGAGUGUGACAUGAGGGAGAUGCUGACCAGCUGAAGGGAUGAAUGAACGCAUGAAUGACUGACUACCUGCUCCGGGCUGCUGACAUCUUAACCAGGGGUUUCUGGGCACUCUAUGCUGCUCGGGGAGAGGACUAGCACUGGGACGUAGUCAGGCUGUGGCUCAGUUGUGCUCCGAGCCUGGAGUGCGCCAUCAGAUGGAGGUCACCGAUCUGGAUCCGGACCCUCGGGCGGAGGGGUCUGAAGGAGAGGGUCCGUGCGUCCUGAGCAGUCCCGGGACAGAGCCUGUUGUGCUUGAGUAUCCUGUUGAGUAUGAUCCGUAUGGGGAGAAGAUGCCGUUCCACCAUGUGACGGCAGGAUUGCUGUACAAGGGGAACUAUUUGAGUCGCUCACUGUCCGAACACAGCAAUAGUGAACAGCUCGCAAGCAUCACCGUGGAGGAACUAGAUGAGAUCCGGGAGGCGUUCAGGGUCCUGGAUCGGGAUGGCAAUGGGUUCAUCUCCAAGCAGGAGCUUGGCAUGGCCAUGCGCUCACUAGGGUACAUGCCCAGUGAAGUGGAGCUGGCAAUCAUUAUGCAGAGAUUGGACAUGGAUGGUGAUGGACAGGUGGACUUUGAUGAGUUCAUGACGAUACUCGGACCGAAGCUCCUGUCCUCUGAAACACGGGAAGGUUUCCUUGGAAACACAAUCGACAGCAUAUUCUGGCAGUUUGACAUGCAGCGGAUAACACUGGAGGAGCUGAAACACAUCCUUUUUCAUGCCUUCCGGGACCACCUGACGAUGAAGGACAUCGAGAACAUCAUCAUCAAUGAGGAGGAGAGCUUGAACGAGAACUCGGGGAACUGUCAAACAGAGUUUGAGGGAGUUCAUCCCAAAAAGAAGAAUCGGCAGACGUGUGUGCGCAAGAGCCUGAUAUGCGCGUUCGCCAUGGCCUUCAUCAUCAGCGUCAUGCUCAUCGCGGCCAAUCAGAUGCUGCGCAACGGCAUGGAGUAGCGACACCACUGUGAGCAGGGCGGAGCCUGCAUGUGCAUGUCUGUGGAUGAAGUUGUCGAAACUCAAGAAACAAAACCAAACACCUCAUUACUGAAAAGAGGAGCUUUUUAUUCUUUUUUUAAUUUGUAUUCUCCCGUUACUUCUCCAUGCGGACCAAGCGACACAGGAAGUGUAGAGGCGAGCCAAGCCAACAUGUUACACGGGGCCUCAUCUCUCAGGCAGGGACUUUAAAGGGCUGACUUUCUGCUUUUCGUGCCACCUCUGUUCCCUAAUGCAAUAACACGCAGGAGUUCAUAAACCGUCGCCGUCUCCUCCGUGGCUUCAGAUAUUUCAGCAGGGAUUCGCUGAUGAGCUUCUGCUGGGUUCGGGCCUGCUGUCGAUGUAGGAAGGCAAAAGUAAUUGGCAACUCAUUACACCUUUGUGGAGGGAGAGUUACAGCAUCCACUCCGGAGACUAUUUAUGUCUGCUCUUGCCAGAGUGCUUUUCUGGCUCGGGGGAUGGUGGGAGGCCGGGGAAGGAGCGCUCGUUGUCGUCCAUAAUUAAAUCCAUAUUCGUCAGCUCCAAAAAUCCAUGAGCCUGACUCAUAGUUUUCAUUAUUUCGAAUGUACUCUGCUAUUCGAUUGUGCGAUCUUCCUGUGUCUAAUGCUUUUCCUGAAGUGUUUUGUAAUGAGCACACCCACACAAAAUGUUGAAACACAACGGAAAGUUGUGCAGAUUUCCACAAAAUUAGAACUGCCGUCAUUCAUAAGUUCUAUUUCCAUGUUUGUUCCGACAGUUGUUUUAUUCAAACUGGUACAGCAUGGCAAAACAGGUUAAAUUCCCAGGAAAUGCAUGUAUAUCUUGAAUGCAUUUUAGGUUGCUUUGGGUAAAAUUGUCUACCAUAUAGAGUCCUGCAGUCAUGACGUCAAAACCCAGAAGACUAAUUCGCCAUGGGUUCCCUCAAAAUUUCCUAUGGGUUUUUAUAAUGGUUUUUUUUUAGUUUAUGAGUAAAAAAGAUCUGUGGUUAAUUUAAAUUGAUGAUACUUGGACAUUUUGAUCUACAACAUAAAUUAUACACAUCCAUAUUUUAAACAUGCAGCAGUUAUUUAAAAAAAAAACAUGUUUGUAAUAAGUAACUACAUAGUAACUACAAUGUAACUACAUAGUAAUUACAUACAAAGAAUGCUUAGGGUGUGGGUGUGUGCAGUUCAUUACAACAAAACUCCAAGUUUCAUCAAGUUUCAGUUACCACAGACCUUAUUUUACUCAUUAAUUGA